CUAGGAAAAUCAACUUCCUAGGAAAUCCUCCUCCUUGAGUGCUAAGGGACCAUCCUGAAAGAAUAAGCACACUCAUCAUAAUACAAGGAUACAUCUGGACUCUGUUUGCAUUUCCUGGUUUUCCUGGGGCCGAAGAUGCUGUCCUACAGCGUGCUGGAUGCUAAUGUGGUGGACGUGGAAAAAAGACGAAGCCCUUCCAAGCAUUAUGUAUAUAUCAUAAAAGUAACAUGGUCAGAUUCAACCUGCCAGAUGAUCUACCGCAGAUACAGCAAGUUCUUCGACCUCCAGAUGCAGCUUCUGGAUAAAUUCCCUAUUGAAGGAGGCCAGAAGGAUCCAAAGCAGAGAAUCAUCCCCUUUCUUCCAGGUAAAAUCCUAUUCCGAAGAAGUCACAUUCGCGACGUAGCUGUGAGGAGACUAAAGCCCAUUGAUGAGUACUGCAGGGCACUGGUGAAGCUUCCCCCUCACAUUUCACAGUGUGAUGAAGUCUUUCGAUUCUUUGAGGCCAGACCAGAGGACCUCAAUCCUCCUAAAGAGGAUUAUGGAUCCUCCAAAAGGAAAUCAGUUUGGAUGUCCAGCUUAUCUGAUUCUCCAAAGAAGGCUAUUGCAGGUGCUGACGCUAGUUCUGAACCUAUGAUCCUGGAGCAGUGUGUGGUAGUGUCUAACUAUGAGAAACAGGAAAACUCGGAGAUCUGCCUGCAGUGCGGAGAGGUGGUGGAUGUAAUAGAGAAGAAUGAAAGUGGUUGGUGGUUUGUAAGCACAUCAGAAGAGCAAGGCUGGGUCCCUGCCACAUACCUGGAAUCCCAAAGUGGAAUUAGAGAUGAUUCUGAAAUUAACAUGUCCAAAGGAGGGGAAGUUUCUAAGAGACGCAAGGCUCACCUGAGGCGCCUGGACCGGCGAUGGACACUGGGAGGGAUGGUCAACAGGCAGCAGAGUCGAGAGGAGAAAUAUGUCACAAUCCAGUCAUACACCAGCCAGGGGAAAGACGAAAUCGGGUUCGACAAGGGAGUCACUGUGGAGGUCGUUCAAAAGAACCUGGAAGGAUGGUGGUACAUAAGGUAUUUAGGCAAAGAAGGCUGGGCCCCAGCAUCAUAUCUGAAGAAAGCAAAAGAUGACCUGUCAUCUAGGAAAAAGAACUUAACAGGGCCAGUGGAAAUUAUAGGAAAUAUCAUGGAGAUCAGUAACCUGUUGAACAAGAAGUCUUCUAGUGACAAGGAAACCCAGUCAGAAAUUGAAACGACAGAAUCGCACAUCACCAAGAAGGAAAUAAGUUUGCCUAUCUUGUGCAAUGACUCCAAUGGCAAUUUCAUGACGACUCAAGACAAGCAGGUUUCAAAACUGGCACAGGGAUCUCCAGCCAUAGCCCGGAUUGCACCACAAAGAGCUCAAAUAAGUUCUCCAAAUCUAAGAACCAGGCCUCCCCCAAGAAGAGAAUCCAGUUUGGGCUUUCAGUUACCUAAGCCUCCCGAGCCUCCAUCAGUGGAAGUUGAAUACUAUACUAUUGCAGAAUUCCAGUCUUGUAUCUCCGAUGGAAUAAGCUUUCAUGGGGGUCAAAAGGCAGAGGUCAUUGACAAGAACUCUGGUGGAUGGUGGUAUGUGCAGAUCGGCGAAAAAGAAGGCUGGGCUCCGGCAUCAUACAUUGAUAAAAGGAAGAAACCUAAUUUAAACAGGCGAACCAGUACUUUGACCAGACCCAAAGUUCCUCCCCCUGCACCUCCCAAUAAACCAAAAGACUCUGAAGAAGCAACAGCUGCUGGAACCAUAGCUUCAGGAGAUGCCCAAGACUCCCCACACAAGCAAAAAUAUGAAGAGCCAGAGUAUGAUGUACCUGCCUUCGGUGCUGACUCAGAAUCUGAGCUGAGCCAGGGAGAAGAUGGCAGCUUGGAAAGAGGCCUCUUCUAUCUGCCCAAGCCUUCCCCUGUGUCAUCCCUCCAAAGGGCAAAAUUCCGAGUUGGAGAGUCUUCUGAAGAUGUGUCUCAUGAAGAGGAGACGAUCUAUGAAAAUGAAGGCUUCAGACCAUACAUAGAAGAUGCUCUGUCAAGCAAAGAAUCCAGUGGAGACUCUGAUUCUCAAAGAAGUUCUUCAUUGUCUUUGAUCCAAAGAAGUUCUCCAUGUUCUGUUUCUCCUAAGUCCUCCCUUCCGAAACCCAAAAAUGAAAAAAGCAUUCAGCCAAACCUUGGGAAGCCUCACUACUCCCGGAAUGAAGAGACAAAGCCAAGGUCAGCCUCAGAUGCUGGCUUAAGCAGUGUGCCCAAAAAAAGGGAUACUGGGGAGACUGUUUCUAGCAGAGCAAAACCAAUGGUGAGGCCAAAACCUUUCCUGAACAAAGCAGAUUCUCAAAUCCAAGAAAGGAUGGACAUCAGCACUUUACGUCACCAGCUGAGACCAACUGGUCAGCUCAGAGGUGGACUUAAAGGUUCAAGAAGUGAAGAGUCUGAAAGCCCACCUCAGACAGCUUCUGGAAACCCGGAAGAAUCCUUCAGAAGAAGCUCUGCAGAUCUUAUUACAUCUCCUUCCCAUGGCAUAUUCUACUCCAGCCAGCCAACCAAGGCAGAGAAUGAAAACAGCUCCUCAAAAUGUCUAUAUGUAACUACUGACUCUUACCAGAAAGUUCAAGAUUCUGAGAUCAGCUUCCCAGCAGGAAUAGUAGUAGAAGUGCUGGAAAAGCAAACAAGUGGAUGGUGGUAUUUAAAAUAUGGAGACACAGAAGGGUGGGCUCCUUCACACUAUUUGGUGCCCUCAGAUAACCAGCAACGAGAAACCACUUCCAAUGAGACCAACAUCUCGCUGGCCAGGAACAGAAGAAAUGAAAACAAAUCCAAUAGCUUGGAGAAGAUUGAGAAGAAGGUCCAGGCACUGAACACCAUCAACCAGAGCAAGAGGACAACACCUCCUAUUCCCAACAAACCACCGGGUGGCUUCUCCAAAACAUCUGGGCCUGUCAAAUUGCGAAAUGGAGUUAGACAGCUAGCAGUGAGGCCACAGUCUGUCUUUGUCUCCCCUCCACCAAAAGAUAAUAACCUGCCUUGCUCCCUGCGUAGGAAUGAGUCUCUUACUGCCACAGACCAUCUAAGGGCAGUACGCCGCAAUUCUUCUUUCAGCACUGCCCAUUCCCAGAUUGGGGAUUCUAAGAUAAAACAUGCUGAUCGGCUGGGUUCUGAGGGGUCCGAGGGCACCACAUUCCUACCUAUUGAGCGCAAUGGAAUCCCAGUGUCCACAGUCCGGCCCAAGCCCAUUGAAAAAUCCCAGUUCAUCCACAAUAACCUUAAGGAUAUCUACAUCGCCAUUGCAGAUUAUGAGGGGGAUGAGGAAACUGCUGGAUUUCCGGAAGGUGUCUGUAUGGAGGUACUGGAGAAGAACCCAAAUGGCUGGUGGUACUGUCAGAUCAUGGAUGGAGGGAAACCUUUUAAAGGCUGGGUCCCCUCAAAUUAUUUGGAGAAAAAGAAUUAAGAGUUGCAAUGUCUUUAAAAUCCUUAAUUUAUACUUUUUCUACUGUGUACAUAUGGAAGGAGGGGGAAGAUACAAACAUGUAUUUCCUUUUGUUCCAUCAUAUAUCAAAAGGAUUGUUGAAUCCAGCUUUGUUAUAACCAGCAAGUCCGCCGUCUUUGAGGAGGUGUUUGGGUAUAGUUGAAGGAAUUGGCUCAUUCAGAAAAUAUCAAGAAAAGGCAGCUGGAACUAAUGCCUUUCUCUUCUUCUUUUUGGUGAAACUUUCACAAAAUUGAGUGCAACAGGGUACAUCAUCCUGGUUGUAAUAACAGGAAACCAAAUGUGUGCCUUUCACAAUAUAGUUUGGAUCUUUGUGUCUACUUGGGAAUGAUUGGGAGUUUAGUGCCAAACUUGGACAUGUUAAAAAAAAAAAUCAGCUUGUUCAUUUCUUCCACAUGGAGUGUGUACGUGUAUUUCCAAGCUGUGGAUGGUUUCCCCAGCCCACCCCAAGACAUCUUUCAAGCAUGCAGAUCAAGUGUGGAAAUUUUGUCCAGUCCCCAGCUAUUACAUUCUGGUCUCCAGACCAUUCAAAGACUUGGGAGCCUUUUCCCAGUGCAUCGCUGGCAUUGAACUCCAAGCGCAUAUUGUUCAGUUUCCCUCAGUGGCAUCCAUCAUUGCUUUUCUCCUCUGAUCUCUGUGUGUCAGAUGUUUCAGAAAGGGGGUUAAGUGGGGUUUAUUUUACUAUUAUCAUUGGAAUUUGAAAUGCAGCCAAACAUUAGGUGAUCCCUAGGUGUUUGCAAACACACUAAAAAUGAUGCAUUGCCCACCCAUCUUGUGCACACUGAUUGGUCUCAAAUGUGAUGUUCUACCAUUACGAUCUUCUGAACAACUAAUUCCGAAACUACCUUGAGGACCUUUGUCACAUCUCGUGCUGUUUAGAGCCCCACAUCUGGAUUAUGAAGUAGCAAAGUUUCACCUCUACACAAGGAAUAUUGGUUGCCUCUAGCUAUGAAGGAAGCCACUAUUACAUGAUCCAUUUCCCUUUUUUCUGGAUCAUGGCCUGUUGGGGUCAGGCUGCCUGGCUAGCUGGCUAGCACUAUAAGCCUCUCCUGGAAGGAAGGGGCUUUUCCCAUGUGCUCUUAGCCAUCUCCUCCUCUCUGGUUCUACCUUUUGCUCAGGGCAGAGCUGCAGUCAAGUCUACUUGGCCAGCUUAUGUACAGCUCCUAACAUAGUGCAUGCUCUCUUCUGCCAUCCCGAAGCCCCACCACCACCACCACCACCAACUGUCGCAGCCAUAGCUCCAGCUGGAGAACCAGGCCAAUGCUCCUUGUGCCACAGUGGCAAUGCCUUCUUCAAAGCCAUGUGUGUGGGUCUUGUAUGUGAUUCCAGCACAUGACCCUUAUAUGAAAGUUAAGGCCAGUUCAAGACAACUAGAAUGUAAAUGGAUGAACUGGCCUGGAGGGCCAAUUAAACAAAUAGAAAUAGAAUUUAGUCCCAGAUAAUGGGCCUACUAUUUUGCAGGGGGUCCCCAUUCUUUUCCAUGAACGGAAGGAUUUCUGCAUGUACAGAGGGAUUAAAUGCUCAUUGUGCAUGCGCAUAGAAGAGAAUGGGAAGGUACUUGCCUAUAAGGGGUGUGAUGUGCACCUUAAAGCCAGUGUAUCCAUAACCAAUUGUUCAAGCCAGGUAUUCCUUCAUGCAUGGGAAUCUUUAUGUGCACAUGGAGUUUAUGCACGUAUCUUCUCUUUCCUGUGUACUUCAUGGAGAAAGCGGUGAUACCUCAUGUAUAUCCCCAUUGCACAUGGCCAGACCCUUCUCACAUAGAAAUGGG